CCUUCCUCAGGCUUUUUCAGCAGUGGGGAACAUGUACCCCAAGGUCUCUGCUUGUCUUGACCCUGCUGCAGGGGGUCUGUGUCCCCAGUGAGAGUGGAAAUGGCAAGUUUCUUGAGCUCCUCUCUGCCCAACUGGCUCCCCUGCCUCCUCCUCCUCCUCCUCCAGUUGUCUUCUAGUGAUGCAGGACAGUUCAGAGUAAUAGGACCAGGGUAUCCCAUCUGGGCUCUGGUGGGGCAUGAAGUGGAAUUGCCAUGUCACUUAUCUCCUGGAAGGAAUGCUACAGGCAUGGAGGUGGGAUGGUACCGGCCCCCCUUCUCUCGGGUGGUUCAUCUCUACCGAAAUGGCAAGGAUCAGGAUGGAGAGCAAGCACCUGAAUAUCGGGGCCGGACGGAGUUGCUCAAAGACAGUAUUGGUGAGGGAAAAGUGACCCUCAGGAUCAGGAAUGUAAGGUUCUCAGAUGAAGGAGGUUUUACCUGCUUUUUCCGAGAUCAUUCUUAUCAAGAGGAGGCAGCAAUGGAAUUGAAAGUGGAAGAUCCCUUCUACUGGAUCAGUCCUGGAGUGCUGGUUGCCAUGGCAGUCCUUCCUGUGUUCCUCCUACAACUGGCCACAGGCCUGCUCUUCCUCUGCCUGCAGCAUAGACUGAGAGGAAAACUUCGAGCAGAGAUAGAGAAUCUUCACAGGACUUUUGAUCCCCACUUUCUGAGGGUGCCCUGCUGGAAGAUAACCCUGUUUGUAAUCGUGCCAGUUCUUGGACCCCUGGCUGCCUUGAUCAUCUGCUACAACUGGCUACAUCGAAGACUAGCAGGGCAAUUUCUUGAAGAACUAAGAAACCCCUUCUGAGUGAUACUGCAUCUUGACAAAAGUGGAGAAAAGCCUGGCUGGUCCAAAGAUUGAUCUUUGAGGAUGUUGCACUUGCACUUCCAGGAAUGCUCUAAAUUCCAAAUAGGAUUUCAUUCUUUCUAAACUUUUUUUUUUAGAUAAACACUGAUCUGUUGUUUCACCUUAUCUAUGCACCCAUGGGUUUCUCUGUUGUCAUCUACCUUUUCCCAGCUGUUUUCUUUCCCCAUUUUUUUCUACCUGCAUCUUUCCAACUCCUCUGCCUUUCAUCGGGAAGUCAGGCAGAUGCUCCUCAUCAGAGGACACCUGUGCUGGAGAAGAAUGCACAGGAGGGUCUCUGACACUAACUGAAGACCAGGAACUUCCUCUGUGGAAACCACAGCAUGCCAAUUUUGCAAAUGGUGGUUGUUACUUCCAAGACCUCAGUCCCAGAGGGCUGAGUAGAGGGUGGAAGAAAAUGAACAUGAUGAGCCCAAAACAUCAAAGAGCUGUAUAAGCUGCAGAGUGAGGACACAGGGAGAAAUCCACAGACACUGGCCAGAGCUUCAUCUUGUCCCUGAAACCCACUGAGGAGCUGGGAACAAAGAAUGCAACCUGGGCUACCCACCUGCUUUAGAAGGCUUCCCUUUUAUUCCCACAACUUGUACAGAUAAGUCCCUCAGACCUCCCUUGUCUCAUCCUUUUCCUCCCAUUUUCAUACCUAUCAGGGUAUCCACUGUUUUAUUCAACAACUGCUUGAUCUUUUUUGAAACACAAAUAAACAAGCAAGGUGCUAAUGUA